AUGGGUUCAAUCAUGGAUGACGCUCAAUUCCAGAUUCCCACGCACUGUAAAGCGGGGGUGGUAGUCAACGAGGGCCCUAAUUUCCAUGUUGAGGUACAGAUGGUGCCUGUUCCAGAGCCAGGCCCUGAUGAUAUCUUGGUUAAGCUAAAUUUCACUGGACUUUGCUCGUCCGACAUCCACAUGAUGCAAGGAGAUCUGGGUCUUCCACCUAUGUCCACGUUCGGCGUACGAUCUCCAGGUCACGAAGGUGCAGGUGUAGUGGUUAAAGUGGGGGCCAACGUGAAGAAUUUCAAAUUGGGCGACAGAGCCGGGAUCAAACCAAUGAUGGAUACCUGUGGGUGCUGUGCACUUUGCUGUGACGACAAGGAAACCUAUUGCAAGGAUGUGAUCCACACUGGUUUAAUGACGGCAGGUGAGGCCAACUCAUAUGUAUAUCCCCGUGGUCUGGCCAUCAACUCACUUCAUUCAGGUACUUAUCAGCAAUAUCUGGUAUCACCGGCACGAUAUGCAUCGCCGAUCCCAGACGGGGUUCCCGAUGAAGUUGCCGCUCCUAUCAUGUGCAGUGCUAGCACUAUCUACCGAUCCCUAAUGGAGUCCAACCUGCGAGCGGGAGCUUGGGUUGUUUUCCCCGGCGGCGGUGGCGGCGUGGGCAUCCAAGGUGUACAGCUGGCCAAGGCAAUGGGCUUGCGUCCAAUUGUGGUGGAUACGGGAGAUUCGAAGCGGAAAUUAGCGCUCGAGAUGGGAGCAGAAGCAUUUGUGGAUUUCAAAGAAGUGGCCAAUUCCACCAAAGCUGUGAUUGGAAUCGCGGAUGGAGUCGGUGUUCAUGGGGUCAUUGUGACGGCCCCCGCUGCUUAUAAAACUGCCGUCUCGUUCAUCGGACAACGCAUUGGAGCCAUUGUGAUGUGCAUUGGUCUUCCAGCGGCAGGAUCGGUGACGUUAGGUACCGAUCCCUGUGAGUAUAUAUUCAAGAACUUGACCAUCAAGGGGACCCUUGUUGGUAGCCGGAAAGAUACCGCGAUGGCGCUGGAUUUCGCUCGACGAGGCAUGCUACGACAAAUCAGUGAAGUUUAUCCGGUCAAUCGUCUUCCGGAGGCUGUGGAAAAAUUACGCAGAGGGGAAGUGGCCGGACGGAUCGUGAUCAAUUUCAAUUGGGAGGAGUAG